CCCAGAAUGACAGUUUUUCAGCUUAAAUCCGGGGGAGCGGAUGAUUUUACUGCACUUGGUUCUACGACGAGCUUUAGUUCUGUUAGUCGGUAGUAUUCAUAUACGUAUUGACUAUUACCGUUUGCAACUUGAUCUCUUUUUGGCUUGGAUGAGCUCUGUGGACAUCCGAACAGACCUGGGAUCUCCGCAAGUUUUGAAGCUGUGAGUCAUGAGUCCAAGUGCUCAUCCAAGCCUUGACGCCGUCCCACGACAGGAUGCGUCUCCUGAAGUGCAACAUCAUUACAAGCAGGGAGAUGAAGAAACCAAUUAUGACAAGAAGCCUGUUUAUCAGGAUGCCUUUGGAGACGAACAGUAUGCGGAGAUCAGGUACAAGGUGUUGAGCUGGUGGCAAGCUGGGUUCCUCAUGGUCGCGGAAACCGUCUCGAUUGGUAUUCUUUCAUUGCCCGCCGUGGUGGCUUCAUUAGGUCUCGUGCCUGCUAUUAUCCUCCUUCUUGGCCUAGGUGUCAUUUCUACCUAUACAGGCUAUACUAUUGGCCAGUUCAGAUGGGCGUACCCCCACGUCCAGAGCAUGGCUGAUGCUGGUGAGGUAUUGCUGGGGAAAUUUGGUCGUGAGCUCUUCGGCAUGGGCCAAUGGCUCCUGAUUGUAUUCGUCAUGGCGAGUCAUCUGUUAACCUUCACUGUUGCGAUGAAUUCCAUCACGGAUCACGGCACAUGCUCGAUUGUCUUUGGCGUCGUCGGGCUAGCUAUCUCGUACAUCCUAUGCCUGCCGCGGACCGCCGCGAAAGUCUCCUACCUCUCCAUUGGAUCAUUUCUUAGUGUGUUCUCAGCCGUCAUGAUCGUGGUUGUCGCUGUGGGCGUUGAGCGCCCCUGGAAAGGAGGCAUCAAUGCUGUGGCUGACACUAACCUAUACCAUGCCUUUUUGGCCGUCUGCAACAUCGUCUUUUCAUUCUCCGGACACGUUGCCUUCUUUAGUUUUAUUGCCGAAUUGAAAGAUCCCAGAGAGUACCCCAAGUCUCUCUUCCUUCUCCAAGGCACCGACACAUGCUUGUAUAUUGUCAGUUCGGUUGUAAUUUACUACUACGCGGGGCCUGGCGUAACAUCGCCUGCGUUGGGUUCUGCUAGCCCUCUGAUUGGCAAAAUUGCAUAUGGGAUCGCCCUUCCAACAAUCAUCAUCGGCGGCGUUGUCAACGGCCACGUGGCCUGCAAGUACGUCUACGUCCGCAUCUUCCGUAAUAGCGAUCGUAUGCACAAGAAAGAUUUCAUUGCCGUCGGAUCUUGGGUUCUCAUCGGCUUCAUAACCUGGGUAGUGGCGUGGAUUAUCGCAUCCGCUAUUCCAGUCUUCAACAAUCUUUUGGGUCUUAUUGCCUCUCUGUUUGCCAGUUGGUUUACCUAUGGAUUCAGCGGCAUUUUCUGGCUCUACCUAAACUGGGAUCGACUGUUCUCGACGCCAACCAAGAUAUUCCUCACUAUUGUCAAUUUUGCGAUGAUUGGCAUUGCAGCUUGCAUUUGCGGCCUAGGUUUGUACGUCUCUGGCAAGGCUUUACAUGACAGCCCAAGCGGUUCGAGUUUUUCUUGUGCAAACAAUGCAUAAAGCGUUGUAAAUAGAUUUGACGUGAUUAUUUGGAGGAUAGGUAUAACAUUUUGUACUUUAUAUAUUCGUGUUUCUUGGCAUGGGCUGCUUUCGGGCAAGGGAU